CCUGAUCAAACAGAAUAGAUGGAAGAAGUAUUCAAGUAUAUCAUUUUGUUCUUUUCAUAUCUGCUUGUAAUUUUGUUCCUUUAUAACAAAGAAUGCAUUUGGUUCUUCGUUAAUUUUUUAUGUUUUUUUUAUAUCCAUGGUGCUAUGUGUCUUUUAAUUAUCCUUUUUAAGCCAGAGCAUUCCAGCUGGUAGGUACUGUUUUUAUUAUAAUCGCUCUAAUUUUGUUGCAACGCAGUACUUACAAUAACUGUAAGCUGAUUUGUCUUGUGUGUGAAAUUUCUUUCAUAAUGGUAGCCUACCAUAUAUAUAUAUAUGGUUGUUAUAAAACAACACCAAUUUGAAAUUGUAUUAUAUUCCGACAUUUUGGUUGUGCAUUAUUCCAAAUCAUACAUCUCAUAAUAUAUUUUUGGGUACUGCUUUACACUGCAUAAAUCUUUAUAUACUUGGUAUUCAUUUUCUCUAAUAGGAAGCUCGUCUUUUAUUAAAAUUUUAGCACAAUGGUGACUUAACAAUGUGUCUAAAGUUCAGUGGUUUGGCUCUGUUUUAAUUCAUUUGAUUUGUCACAUUUUAUUUAAAUGCCAAAUUUGAGUGGACGGUACAUAGCAUCCGUACCCAUGUGUACUUACAUGUUGCAACAGAUACUUAUGCUUAAAUUGUUUUAUGCUACCACUACAAGUGAUGUAUAGCAUUGGGUUGUACUAAAUCCUAUUUUACCUAACUCUUGAAUUAAAACUUGAAAGUUGAUUAAUUUGUCUAGAGUACAUACGAUGUAAUAAAUGAUAUUUUCCCAUUUAUCCAACGAAGUUGCUCCAAAAGUUGCAAGUUAAACUUCUUCAAUUUACGCUAUCUUAAUUAAUAUAAUUGUUUCAAUUUUAAAUGAUAGUGUUUUUUUGUGAAAUGUGAUUUUAAAAUAAUUUUAAUACUCUUAAUGCCUUUUUUAAUGAAAUCCCCACAAUAUUAUGUUUCCAUGUUUUUUUUUGCGACUAUAUAUUAUGUGGUACUCAGUAACAUUUCUACUCUACUAAUUGUCUGUAAUCAGCAAGUGUUAAUUUAAAGUAUUUAGAAAUAUGAUGCACACUUUUAUUCUGGUUCUGUACAGUCGCCAGUUGCCUUAAAACAGUUUUUAAUCAAAUUUUUCUUUUCUAAUCUGGUGAAUAUGCAUCGUGCUUAGUACGCCGUGUUAAAAAUUGUGCCGUUUUCACUGUAGGAUCUCCAGUAGAAAUCUGACCCAAGGUUUAUAACUACUUUUUAAGAAAUUGAGGAUUUUGGUUUACAAUACACAUUGUAACUUCCCAGUAUUACGAUACAGUUUUAACAAAUCUGGUUUCAGUGAAAUUUGACUUUUUAUGUAAAAUCAGCCAUGGAAGCCUCCAACGGGUUGCCAAUACAGAAUGGACACCAUGAGUUGUCUAAUUCUCUCAAAGAAAUGUUGAAGAUAAACAGCUCGAAUACUUCAACUGUUCAAGAUGCUUUUGAUGUGAGUCAUGAUGGCUCAGGGGAUCACAGACUUCAUAUAAGCUCUCUCUCUGUUUCUCAGGCCUAUGCGGUGGAUUCAGACACAAUUUCAUCAACUGCAGAAGAUAAACCACAGGAAACAGAUUUACAAAAUAUUUUUCUUGACAAAGCAUCAGACGGAGAAUGUGUUUCACUGCAUGGACCACAUACACGUAUUCAUGCAAGCUCUGCUUCUGAAUUGGAGAGCCAAGCUUCGGCCAGUAAUAAGGUGAAAAUCAACACUAUAACUAAAUUCGAUUGGGAGCAUCGCUAUUAUGCUGGGAACCUUCUCACCGUUACUGACAUGUACAUUGCUUACUGUAUAAAAGGCCGCAAUGGCUAUUCGGUUCGUGUCAUCAAUCGAAACAAUUCUUCGGAUCGAGUUCUGUUGAAAGGUUUCACUGGAGCAGUGUGUGAUGUUGGGUUCGCACCACACACAGGGUGUAAUAUCUUAGCUGCAGUGGAUAGUGUUGGAAACCUCAUUGUGUGGAGCUUAGAACAGGAAGAUGGACAUCUUGUUGAAAAGAAAAGAAUUCAUCUCACAGCCACUCCUGGGAUGUGUGAGGCAUCUCAGAAUCAUCGAGUGAUGUGGAUUCCUUACAUCCAGCGAGAUGAGGAGGAAGAAUCAUCAUACGGUUCAAAAGCAGAGACCACAGAGUCCUCCCCUCCCAAAAUUCUGGUUCUUGUGUAUUCAAAAGUGGCCGAAGUAUGGGAUUUGGAUAUUGCGUUUGCUGUGGCCGAUGCUUUGCCAGAAAAUGGGGCCACGAGGUUGGAUUUAUCUCAUGCUUAUGUAUCUGUUACUGGCGAAUCCGAUGCAGAUAUCAGUGAUUGUGAAUUGUCACCAAUUGGCAAUGUGUUGGCUGCAGCAAGCACUGAUGGGUUUGUCAAGUUCUGGCAAGUUCAAAUAGAAGAACCACAGCCACCCACAUGUCUUCACCAAUGGAAACCUCAUGAUGGAAAGCCAGUAUCUUGUGUGAAGUUUUGUGAUAAUAAGAAACAGCCUGAAAACAGCAUUUUCUGGAGAUUUCUUUUAACCGGUUGCGAACGAAACAAUGAACUUAAAAUUUGGUGCACAGUCACUUGGAAUUGUUUGCAGGUUGUUGAUUUUUUUCCAUCCACCCCCGCACAUGCUGUACCUGAACUAAACCUUGUGUUGUAUCUUUCUGCUGACUUUCUUGUUCUAUCUGAUGUACACAGGAAGAUUUUGUAUGUGAUGCAAUGUAAGACUAACAUCAAAGAUGGGACAGCUCAACUUUCAUCUAUCGCACAUUUCCAACUUACGUCACCAUUACUCAGCAUUGCCUUUGUUGAUGCACGACCAUGUAAAUUCAAGGCGCUGGUCGACAGUUCGCAUGAUGACCAUAAUAAGGAUCAGGAGUUGAGUGGAUCAGAAGAUGAGGAUCAACAUGAAGAUGAAGAUGAUGAUGAUGAGGAUGGUAGGAUCAGAUCAAAAUCGGGUGAUAGCAAGUCAGAGGGAGAUGUCAGCAACAAACUGGAUGGAGUGUUGAUUAAACUCAUAACAAUACAAACCAGGAGUUUGCAAUCACUUGACGUCCGAUUUAUUUCAAACGACGACUCGGACAUCGACGAAAACCCCAGAAGCUUAAGCACUUACAACACAAUAUCAGAAGAUUUAAAGGAUAUUGUCAGCUUGAGCAGCAUGGAGGAAAAUUUUUCCCAUUGUGGUGGGGAGGUUGGUAAGAGCAUCGAUGAUGGGGAUUUCAUGGCAGGGGGGGAUGCUGCUCUGGCAAAGUUUGUGGAGUCUACACAAGAGAAAAUCAUGACUGAUUCAGAACAUCAGAUGUCGCCAGAUGUAGUUGAACAUCAUGAAAUUUUCCAAAUUGAUGAUAACUCCUUAGAAGAUGAUGAGAAAGUUGAAAUUGUUGUAGAUGAUGAGGAAGGAGCAAUGAAAGCAUCACCGGAUAUAACUCAUUCAAACAACCAACCUGUUCUUCUCACACCCGAUGCUUUCAUCAGUUCAUUUAAAAGUCCAGGGACAGUUGGAGAUUCAGCCAACAGCAGUUUUACAACAGUCACCCCAUUCAGCAACCACCCUGUGUGUGAUCAACAACUUAACAACUUCCUUAUUGGUGGGGCAAGAGGUUCAUUGACGAAUCUCAUGAUUAGUUCAUCCAGUGUUGCAAGUGAAAAACCUCCGGAUGUAGAGAAUUCAUCCAUUCCUUCAUCAUCACCUGUGCUCCCUCGUGCAUCUUCUUCACCCUCUGCUGCUCCGGAAGUUAAUUUUCCUCCAAGAUCAGUAAAAUCUCCAGACCUCAUCUCCUCCACCUCAACUCAGGAUGGAGAAGGAGCAAAAGCCCCAGAUCCUUCAUCAGCUGUGGUCAUCCCCAAGUCUUUAUCUACUGUCCUUAGCAGAAGUUACUCAGACUCCAGUGCAGCAGUAAUGGUACCUUCUAUAUCUGAACCAUUUUCUCAAAUGCUGCGACCAGUGACGAGCACCCAGUGGCCCAAAGCACCAGACGUCACAAUGUCCCGCCCAGUUGUAGUCGGUUCACCACCAGCAGCAGCAAGUGGUUCCGUUGAUAAUUGGCCACCAGUAGAACCGAUGGAUCGAGCAAUUCCUCACCAGAUUCAACCAGUUGAACCGGAUCACCAACCCACCCAAUCACCCCAACCCUCCCACAAUGAUGACAUUAUUCAACUGAUCAAUAAUUUUAAAGAAGAACAAAAGUUAAUGAUGAUCAAUCACCAGAAGGAGCUACAGAGCAUCAUUAAGAAACAAAACCAACUUCAAAAAUCAAGUGAUGCUUCUACUAAAAAAACUGAUAAUCAAGUUGACAAACUCGAUAAGGCUGUCAGAGCAGUUUCAGAGAAUCAGAAGAAAUUAUCGACUGAUUUCAAGUUGAUGCAGUCUGGUGUUACUGAAGCAACUGCUGGAAAAAUCGACCGUAUAAUUAAAUCCGAAAUUAAAAGAACAAUCCUGCCUGGAAUGAACCAAACAUUGGAGUCGGUGAAGGGAGAUUUAACAAACAUUGUGAGUCAGAAACUCACAGCAACCGAUGUGAUUCUCAGAGAAAACAUUCCAAAAGUUUUACGUUCUAAGGAUAUAGUCGACCACAUUGGAACAUCAACUGCCAAGGCCAUUCACAGUCAAGUACAAGGUUCACUACCGGAGAUAUUUUUCACUACAUUAAUUCCAGCAUUUGAAAGAUCAUGCCAGAACAUGUUUCAACAACUAAGUACGACUUACCACAGGGGGAUGGAAGAAACGUUAUUAAAACUGGAGAAGCAGAUGACGGUGCGUGUGAAGCCAGACAAUGAUAGAUUGCAGACAUUGAUCAAGGAUGCAUACACUGCUGGUACUGAAUUGCAGAACGCAUCGAAGUUAGCAACAUCAGACAUUGCCAACGUUAUGAAAGAUAUACCAAACCAAAUUGAAAAAGCAUUUACAAGAUGUGAGGAACGCUUAAAAGAGAAACAGGAGGAAACUUUCGCUGAACAACGUCGCGUCAUCACCAACCUCAUUCGUGAUGUCAUCACUCGUACUGUGGAUGAGAAAUUAUCACAAGGUGGCGCUGAAGCUAGUGUUCUAGGAGCGGCAGCAGUAGUUGGGACUUCCCCACAUCUCAUGGUUAAUAGACCCAGUAUAUUAGAUCAGCAGCAACAAAUAUUGAAGAUGCUGCAACAAGGAAAUGUUAAUACAGCUUUCCAAACUGCUCUUACUGCAUCUGACCUUAACCUUGUCAUGUAUGUUUGUGAAACUGUUGACCCAUCUGUGGUGUUUGGAGUAUCUCCUUGCCCCCUGCAACAACCCAUACUGCUGUCUCUCAUUCAACAACUUUCUAGUGACCUUGGUACCAAGACUGAUAUAAAACUGAAGUAUUUACAAGAAGCUGUGAUGAACUUAGAUCGGCGGCACCAGGUUACCCAAGAAUACAUGCACAGCGUACUAAGUGCACUGGUUCAGAAACUAAACAAGUGUUUGCUGGAACCACUCGAAAAACCGAGCCUUUCAAAAGAUCUAAAGAUGCUUGCAAUGGCUGCACAAUCUCUAAUGAAAUAAAUAACACAAAAACUUUGUUACUUCACUUUAUGCUGAUAAAGAUACAAACUUUAUUCAAUUCAAUCUUUGCUGCUGUUAUUGUUUUCUGCAACAUAAGAAUCAACCGCCACAAGAUCUUUUAUCAGCUUCCCCUAAAACAGGGGAGUGUUUUAUCCAUUUCGUUCGAAAAUUUUCUGCACAUGUGAUGGCAUAACAUGCACAAACCAGAAAGAGAAGAACCACAAUGUUCAUCACUGUGUUGUGUAUUAAAACAAACCAAGCAACAUGACGCAUGCGUGCCUUGAUACUGGAUUGUGCGAUCACAGCAUUCCUAUUAACCAAUAAAACGUUGCUUCCCUAUUCGUUUAUUUCGUGACGUAGUGUGUCCCUAUUUUAUUUUUACCCUUCUUGCACGAUUUUUCGUGCUCUUAUUUUUUCGAGGUCUACAUUCAUUUUAAAUAAACUUUGAAUUUCAAA